GUUUGAAGAGGGGUACCAUAAUUUCAAUUGCUGAAUCAAACCACACAGCAGGGUCCAGGUACGCAAUUUACCGUUCGCCAAUCCGGCUGGUGUGGCGAUGGGCGUGAGCCCGAACCUCGUCGUCGUUCUCUGCCUACUCUGCGUCGCCGCAGGCAUGGCGCAGCAGUCACCGGGGCCGCAGCCGAAGCCGCCGCCUCUGGGACAGGCCAUGUCCAUGGCCAUCGUGGUGUCCAUCGGUGUCGUCUUCUUCCUGGUAUUCCUCUGCCUGUACAUCACCCAGUUCCGCUCCCGCCACGCAGGAGACGGCGCACCGCAUGCUGGCAGAGCCGCGGCGUCCAGGCGCGGGCUGGACCCGGCGGUGCUGGCGACGUUCCCGAUCGUGCCGUACGCGGAGAUCAGGGCGCACAAGAUCGGCGGCGGCGCGCUGGAGUGCGCCGUGUGCCUGACGGCGUUCGAGGAGGCCGACGACCUCCGUCUGCUGCCGCACUGCUCCCACGCGUUCCACCCGGAGUGCAUCGACCCCUGGCUCGAGGCGCGGACCACGUGCCCGCUCUGCCGCGCCAACCUCGAGAAGCCGCCGCCGCCGCCGCACGCCGCCGUGGCGAUCGCGAUGCCGGCGCACGAGGAGGACAGCGUCGAGGACGACGAUGGCAGGAAGGAGGAGGCCGUGGAGCUGGAAAAGCUGCGCGGCGAGCGGCGGGCGGCGAGGCUGCGGAGGUCGCACUCGACGGGCCACUCGCUGGUCUCCGGGGCGUUGGCGGAGGAGGAGCAGUGCGAGUGCGAUGACCACGAGAGGUUCACGCUGCGGCUGCCGGAGCACGUGAGGGAGCAGGUCCUCAGCAGGUGCUGCGCGAGUAGUCCCGCCGUCGAGAGCAUGCGCGGAGGAGCACAGUGCGUCGGGGGCAGCUUCCGCGACGCCGGUGGCGACGGCGUCGAUUGCAGACGCGGCCGACGGAGGUGGCCGGCGUUCAUGUCGUGGGCCCGAGGGGGAGACGGCGGCGCGGCCAUGAUGACGUCGACACCGGCAGAGCCACUGGAACCGAAAUGAUCGAUUUGACGGCUGUGAAAACUGAAAACCGCGUGCCGUCGUGUAAACUCCGUUUCGUCAUUUUUUACCCUUUUGAUUGAUUGACUCUCGAAUUGUGAGAUGUUUGUUUCCUUGUGUAAAUUUGUUUGGAUGUGGGAAUUACAGUGUAAAAUAUUUUCGCUUUGCCCUCUUA